AUGACGAGUGCCUAUGCCGAAUGGAAUCAGCGUCAGGAUCGUAUUGUCAUACCAUUCAGUACUCGAGUAAAUCUCGAUGAUCUUUUCGGAAAUGUGCACACAAAUGCUGUCUGUGAACGAAUCACUCCGUGCAAGUUGGCCGUAUACGUUCUUAUACAAGUACUCGAUGAGAUCCAUCAAGAUGUUCAAGCGUUCACUCCUUAUGAACAUUGCUUGCUUUUGACUGAUCUUUAUGGAAUGAUCGAGCGAGGUGAUAUGUCGUAUCUCGAAUUAGCAAGAAUUGUACGGUGGAUGGACAAGACCAUUCGAAAAAGCAUAUAUAAUGAUUUUCUUGAAUACAUUCAAGCAUUUCUAGAUGGCGACGAUGUAAUGAUCCAAAUAGAUGUGAUCCUUCAAACUCGUCCUAACACUGCAAAUUUCAUCUACAGUAAAUCGUAUCUUGGGAUGUGGCUCAAGAAGCUAUCAGCCGAAUGGAGUCAGCUAUCAACCCAACAGGUAUUUGAGUGCAAUACUCGUUUUGCUGAAUGGAUACGAGACGGUGAUGAUCGCACAGAUGACAUACAUAGAAUGGAUGAUGCAGAACCCUUUGAUAUUUUCAACAUUGUUAACCAAUCCAGUGUGGUACCGUUUGAGAUAGAAUCAUCAGGACGUGCACGAAAAUGGAUAGCUAACCAAAUGCAUCUUCUACAGGUAUGUCCGAGUGCCGCUCUACCGGACAACGAAAUCAUGGACUGGUGUCAGAUCAUUCGCAAAAAUCACCUUGACAUUGUUCAAGUGUCGGCACUACCUUCACAAAACCAGUUGAAGGUGAUGAACAUCCCAGCUGAUACUACGAGGUUGAUACAGGCGCUGGACGUUUAUUUCUUUUUGCCAUUCAAAAAUAUGUACAAGCGUAUCACUGCAUAUGCAUCGGCUCAUGAUCUCUAG